UGUCUCUUACCAGCCAUGGCACAAGACACAGGCAUGUUUACCGUGCAUCAUACAAUUGGAAAUGUUUUAUGCUGCAAAUGUGGUAUAAGUAUGCAACCAAAUGCUGCCAAUAUGUGUGCCAACUGCUUGAGGUCUGAAAUUGACAUAACAGAAGGUCUCCAGAAGCAUGUUAUCAUAUGCCAUUGCCCUGAAUGUGAUAGCUAUUUGCAACCUCCAAGGACUUGGAUUAAAGCCCAAUUAGAAUCAAAGGAGCUAUUGACAUUCUGUGUGAAGAGAUUGAAGAAUUUGAAUAAAGUCCGUUUAGUGCAGGCAGAGUUCAUUUGGACUGAACCUCACUCCAAGAGAAUCAAAGUCAAGUUGAAGGUUCAGAAAGAGGUUCUUCACGGAGCUAUCCUUGAGCAGGCCUACACAGUUGAGUUUGUUAUCCAAGACCAAAUGUGUGAAGCUUGUACGAGGGUUCAGGCGAAUCCUGAUCAGUGGGUGGCUGCAGUACAACUAAGGCAGCACGUUACUCACAGGCGAACUUUCUUCUAUUUGGAACAGCUUAUUCUUAAGCAUGAUGCUGCUUCUCGUGCUAUAAUGAUUAAGCAAAUGGAUCAAGGAAUUGAUAUGUUUUUCUCUAAUCGGAGUCAUGCUGUAAAAUUUGUGGAGUUCAUAGGAAAAGUUGUUCCCAGUCGGAGCCGUAAUGACAAACAACUAGUAUCUCAUGAUAUCAAGAGCAACAAUUACCACUAUAAGUAUACUUUUUCAGUUGAAAUUUCCCCAGUUUGUCGUGAGGACUUGAUUUGUCUUCCGCCAAAAGUUUCAAAUAGUUUGGGGAAUCUAGGGCCACUUGUGAUUUGCACCAAGGUGAGUAACCACAUUGCUUUACUUGACCCAUUUACUCUCAGGAACUGUUUUCUGGAUGCGGAACAAUACUGGAGGGCGUCUUUUAAGUCACUACUUUCUAGUAGGCUGCUUGUGGAAUAUAUUGUUCUAGAUGUUGAGGCUGUUUCUUCUGAGGUCAAUAUUGGUGGAUCUAAGUACGCAUUGGCAGAUGCCCAAGUAGCUCGUAUAUCUGAUUUUGGAAAGAAUGACACAAUUUUCAACGUACGAACACAUCUGGGGCAUCUUCUAAAUCCUGGGGAUUAUGCACUUGGGUAUGACUUAUAUGCUACUAAUAGUAAUGAUAGUGAGCUUGAUAAGUAUAAAGGCUUUGUUCUCCCAGAUGUAAUACUGGUUAAGAAGAGCUAUGAAGAGAAAUGGCAGAAGAAGCGUGGGAAGCCUCGUUCAUGGAAGCUGAAAUCUCUCAAUAUGGAGAUUGAUGACAAUGUUAAGGGUAGAGAUCAUGAAGAGAAGAUGAACUCUGAGUAUGAACAAUUCUUAAGAGAUUUAGAGGAGAAUCCAGAUUUGAGGUUCAACAUAUCUCUUUAUCGUAACAAGGAGUAUCAGCCAUCAGAAAUGGCAUCUGUGACUGAUGGCGAUGAUGCUCCUUCUGUCCCAUUGGAAGAAUUGUUAGCUGAUCUUGAUUUAAGUGAGGCGGAAGAUGACAAUGAUAGCAUGAGGGAAUGAGUCCAGUGCUCGGACAUGUGCUUGCUUUAUUGGAUACUAAAAAUCUUAGAUGAAUUUCAUAGGUGAGACCUGCUGCUGCACCUUUUGCCCUUUUCUGUAGCAUUUCCCUGCUGCUGCACCCCUUGCCCGUUUCUACAGUAUUACUGUUUUAUUACUAUGAUUUCCGGCUUUUGUGGUUAGUUAAUCCUUUGUAAAGCGCAAGGAAUCGGCUUUGCUUGGAGUAAUUAGGUCCAGAGUCCUGUAGGUGUGAUAGUGCUCAUACAUGUUUCUUCCUGUUAUAUUCAGAAGAAUGCGAACAGUGACAAUCGUCUUUUCCUGAGUCUAUGUGAAGACCACUGCUUCUCAAUAGAA